UAGACUGCAAAGACUUUACCUUUUGUUGUUUACCAAUCCAUGCGUCUGUCAGUUUCUUAAUGGACAUACUGCUUGAUUUUGUAGAUGGCGAAUGCAAAUCAAGAUAGCUCUGACCCCUGAAAAAAAGGAAGUUGCUAAAGUAGAACCUGAUGUGGGAAAGGAAAGGAAGAUGAGGAAAAUGAUAAUGCUGAAUGAAUUGGAAGAGCUGACAAGCACAGUUGACCGCAAGAAGAAACAAGCAAAGAAGAUUCUUGCAAAACGAAGGGCUAAGGAUAAGACGCGGAAGGCGACUGGUCCACAGAUGGAUGUACUGGAAGAUGGUUAUGUCGACGACCAUGACUUUUUCUCUCUUUCUGCUAUCAAGGUACUUCAUUUUUGUAUCCGAUCUCUGCAAUGAAUUUUGUUUGUUAUGAUGGCAUUCGCAGGAAGCAUUUAUUCCUUUUUGACAGGUUGAAGAGCAUACUCCUUCUGAAAAGCGUCGAUAAGCAAAAAUAACGGAUGGAGGAGAUUGUGGAGAGAAAAGAAGGAAGAAAAAGAGAGAGGCUAUGAGUGAAGAAGAGGACAUAAGAUGUUGUGAAGAGAAGAGGAGGAAGAAAAAGAGAAACUCUAAGGACUCACAUUCGACCAUGGAAGAACUGAUAAAGGAGUGUAAAGCAUUACGCUCAGAGAUCGAAUAUUUGAAGGAUGACGGAAAGAAGAAGCCACAUAGCAUUGAAGAACUGAUGAAGGAGUGUAAGAACAGAUGGAUCUUUGGAAGAGGAAGCGAAGAAGAAGCAACAGAAGAGCUAUAAUAAUGAUAAGAAAAUUAAAAUGUGGAGACAUCUAGGCUUAGAAUUUUUGUUGUCUUUUGUGUAUCCCCCUGUACUGAACUAACAUAGCUAAUUAUGCAGACCAUUUGUUGAUCAGGCAGGUUUGAGUUUACAGCGUGUUCAAUUCUGGUAAAU